AUGCGGUUUUAAUCGGGGUUGCUUCAGUGGAAUAUAUUUUUCUCGGUUGUUUGAGGUGAGCCGUUUACAGCUGGAAGGGGAAACAAACACAUCGGCGAGGAACACAUUGAAUCGACAUCCCUCCCCUGCCGGGCGGAUCGAGAGCGGCCGAAUCUGUCAACACAUACAUGUGAUUCAUUGUAAAGCGUGGCACAUUAGUCAAGGCGUCCAGAUGAUGUCAGGGAAGCAUUUCAAGGCUCAAGAAGUCAGUUGCUGCAUCAAAUACUUCAUAUUUGGAUUCAAUAUCAUAUUUUGGUUACUCGGUGUGGCUUUUCUUGGCAUCGGAUUGUGGGCAUGGAGUGAGAAGGGGGUUCUGUCCAACAUCUCGUCCAUCACCGACCUGGGGGGCUUCGACCCGGUGUGGCUGUUCCUGGUGGUGGGGGGGGUGAUGUUUAUCCUGGGCUUCGCCGGCUGCAUCGGCGCUCUGCGGGAGAACUCCUUCCUGCUCAAGUUUUUCUCGGUGUUCCUGGGCAUCAUCUUCUUCCUGGAGCUGACGGCCGGGGUGCUGGCCUUCGUGUUCAAGGACUGGAUCAAGGACCAGCUCAACUUCUUCAUCAACAACAACAUCCGGGCGUACCGGGACGACAUCGACCUACAGAACCUCAUCGACUUCACCCAGGAAUAUUGGGAGUGCUGUGGCGCCUUUGGGGCUGACGACUGGAACUUGAACAUCUACUUCAACUGCACAGACUUCAACCCCAGUAGGGAGAAGUGUGGCGUGCCUUUCUCCUGCUGCACCAAAGACCCGGCGGAGGAUGUCAUCAAUACACAAUGUGGCUAUGAUAUCCGAGCCAAAACGGACUCUGAGCAGAGGACCUUCAUCUACAUCAAAGGCUGUGUUCCUCAGUUUGAGAAGUGGCUGCAAGACAACUUGACGGUGGUGGCAGGAAUCUUUAUAGGAAUAGCAUUACUACAGAUAUUUGGGAUCUGUCUAGCGCAGAAUCUAGUGAGUGACAUUGAAGCAGUCAGAGAAAGCUGUUUGUUCACCUAGCAUUUAAGGAUGCAUCUGAGAUGCUAACAGGAAGUACCAGAGGUCAGCAGUUGGACGCCAGCUGCCCGGGGGAUUUCAAACUGACGUUAUAUGGGCUAUGUCCAGACUGAGCCAAAUCUCAUGGUAAUGAUUAUUUUGUUAAAGUCCUACAUGUGAUCCCCUUUAAGAAGGAAGCACAAGCUCUAAGAACUCUACCACAAACAAACAAAAAAUCCUCUGUAUUAUAACGCCAACGUAUCACCAAUGUAAGCCGCAGGUAUGAUUGUAAAGUUGCUAUAGUGAUUAUGGUUGAUGUAGCAGAUGUGGAGAUGGGGGAGGGGAAUCUUUAUCGUGCGUACAGAAGACUGAUUUAAGGGGCUGUACUUCCUGUGUGUAGGAAUGAUAACAGGGAGGGCUUUUGGGGAGGUCUUAGCGGUGGUGCUUUUAUGCUCUAUGACUUCUUCUACCUAUGUCCAGUUUUUUGUUGGUUUGUUGGUUUGGUUUUACCGCUGAACCUGGGGGGGAGGGUGGGGGGGCUGUGUACAAACGUGAAGUGAUUCUAGAAACGCAUGCCUCUUGUCUGUUGAUAGGACAUUGGCUCUCUUAACCGAGUUACCUUAAUGUCAAGUAUUUUAAAAAAGUGUUUGUAAGAUAACUAGUAUAGAGCGACAUGGCCGAUUAGCACUUUUAAAAAUGUCACUGACAUUAUAUUUUCUUCAGUUAUAACGGAACAAACUGAGCUAGUAUUAGGACCUGUAACUCUAUAUGAACACUAAUUCUAACUUCAGUAGCACCAUCAAAUACUUACACAAACGUGAUCACUUACUAGAAACACAGGCCUGUUUUGGGUGACUUUUGAACAAGCUCAUUGUGUGCCAGUUUUCCUCUUUGCUAUAUGCUAUCACCUCUUUCCCUUAACCAUAACCUACCAGGUGUACUUCGUAGCUAGUUGCAACAUACAGCAAGUUGUGUCUAGAUCUCACAGGAAAGUCCCAAAAAAACUUCUUUCAAUAUUCUGUUAUGCCUAUAUAGGCUAUAUAAACCUAAACGAUGCUUGAAGCACCUUAUUUCAUUCUAGGCAUAUUUCAUCAGACUGAUGCAAAACGUGUAUCUAAUUGCACCCAAAUAAAACAAGCCAUUAAACGUGUAUUUUUUAGUUUUCAACUAUUUGAAUUUAACAUAGCUUGCCCACAAGAGGGCACACUUUCCUCAAACACCUCAUUCGACCCGCCUUUGUUUAAAAUCCAACUUUGUCCCUUUUCUUAAUAAAGGAUUUGUAUUUCGGCCCAUCCCCUAUAUAUCAUGUACUGUAUGUAGAGUAUUUCAUUCAACUACCAACUUGAAUUUAUUCAUUUAUUUUGACUGAUAUAUAUUAAUUUCUCCUCAUUUGUCAUUGAUCAAACCUGCCUAUGUGAGUGUUUACCUGCAUUUGAUGUGUUUGUGCUUUUAUUAUUUUUAAACUUGGGAAAGGAUUGUUAACUCCAUAAUAUGUUUUGACCAAAAUCAUAAUUUCGUUAUUUUAACUUCUUAUGAAAAUGUAUCUGUAAGAAAAGUGUUUUCCACCAGCUCAUUUACUAUAGCUGGAACAGCCAUUAUGUGAAGUGCGCUACCUCCAAUUUGGAAGCGACAUGAAACAACCUGAGGAAAAAUAUAUAAUUUGUAAUAAUAAUAAUAAUUACAAAUUAUACAUUUUUCCUCAGCUUGUUUCAUGUCGCUUUCAAAUUGGAGGUAGCGCACUUCCUAACUUCAAGAAUAAAAGCAACAGUUCAAUGGAAAGGCUGACAUUGCAGGUAUUAGUCUUCAGGAUGUGUAUUGAUUUGGGCGUUCAACCUCCAGACAAAAGGUACUGGGUUAUAAUACCAUUCAAGCAUCCUAACCUGUAAGCAUCCUGGAGCAUGAUGCCUCAACCCUUCUCCUUAACGAUAUGUCUCUGAAGUCACUCCAAGUGACUCUGGAUUCAUGCAAAUGACACCUAAUUAGUGAACAGCCGUCUCUGUGCUGUGGGGAUGUUUCUCACGAGAUGUUUACAAUUCAUGAACUCGGUACUGUUGAAUAUCCCCCCCCUCUCCCUUCCCCUUUCAAAGCCUGAUAUGAUUGUUGUGGGUCUUUACCACCAUGUUAUUCCUGACCACCGUGUGCCAUACGUGUGACGCUGCCAUACUCCUGAUUGUAUUUUGUGUUCCGUUGCCAAGGUUUCAUGUGUGUCGCAAACCCGUGUAAAUUAGCCUAGCUCUAAGGGGAAAGAUGUAAAUAUAUCUCAAUAAAUGUGGAUCUUUCUAUAUAACGAGGACUGAAGCAGUGUGUUCUGU